CACGCGGCUGUGUCGACCCGAACCAUUGGACCCGAUUCGCCUACCCUCCAUGGGCCCCCUUCGUCUUCCUAACGAAAUGAAUCGUCGGAGAGUGGCCGUUCGUCUCUUCAGCGUCUUCUGCUGCCACACCCAUAGCCCAUAGAUUUCUGCUCAGCGCUCUCUCUCCUUAACCUUUAACAAUUCUGCAUCCUCCUCUCCGUUGAUGGAUGGCGAGUCGACGCCUGAUUCUGCUUCGGAGCUUCCCCUAGAGUUGACGGCGGAAGUCCUGUCGAGGCUCCCCGUCAAGACGCUCUUCCGCUUCAAGUCCGUCUGCAAGUCAUGGCGCCGCUUGAUCGAGUCCCCUAGCUUCAUCCCCCGUCACCUGAACCACUCAGUCAUUCGUGGCGAUGCCGGAGACCCCAAUGGCGCUCGAUCUCUCCUCGUCAAGCGCCGCUGCCGCGACACGGGUAAGACCCUCAUCUCCCUGCUCUCCGGCGAAAAUCUGGAGCUGGUUUCCCCCGUUGAUAUCCCCCUUGACAUGUAUUCGCCCAGCUUAAAGGUCAUCGGGUCCUGCAAUGGCGUCGUGUGCUUGUCUCACGGCUACGACGAUUUCAUGUUCCUGUGGAACCCUGCCACUCGAGAAUCUCGGGUUCUGCCCAAAUGCAUAAAUUCUCAUGAAGAUCUAUGGAUAUCAGAUGUCCCUUCCGCCGUCACCCAUGGAUUUGGGUACCAUCGUGCUGUUGAUGACUACAAAGUGGUGAGGAUCGCGUUCCAGUAUUCCCGAGGCAGGCCGUGCUUCCGAGCCAAGGUGUUCGCUCUCAGCGAAGGUUCGUGGAGGGAAGUCCCUGCUUUACCUUGCAAAGUUUACUCCUUGGAUUGUGUAGCUUUGAACGGAAUCGUAUAUUGGGUUGCUUAUAACUGCGGCUCGGACGACAUGGAGCUCAUCUUGUCGUUUGAUAUGCGGGAAGAGGUGUUCCGACGAGUUUAUUUGCCUGAUUUGGGAUUUAAGCCGGAUGGAAGUUGCAUGAAGCUCGCGGUGUGUGAGCAGUCGCUCUGCUUGAUGACUUACAACUUCAGAGGAAGGGCGAAAUGCUUGGAUUUGUGGGUGAUUGAUGGUGGAGUCGGGGAGGAAUCUUGGACGAAAAGGUUGAGCAUCGGACCCAUCAUCGGGGUUCGUAUGCCAUUAGGUUGUGGCGCAAACGGUGAGAUUUUCGUGGAAAAGAGUAACGGGGGGCUGGCUAUUUAUGAGGCGAGCAGUGAAACGGUUCGAGAUCUUCCCGUUAGAGGGUCUGCUCAUAGCUUAGAUGCCCAUUUCUACAUCGAAAGUCUAGUUUCCAUCACAAGAUAAGUUUGAAAGCAAGCUUUACUGAGAGGGUUAAGAUCGUAUCCACAGGCGAGUCAAGCUCUUUGCUUCUUGAAUGAUGACCUUGAUGGGAGACGUGGUUCGGGUUCUGCAUACUGAGGUAACGUUUCGAGUACUGGAGGUGACGGUUGUAUGCGACAUGACGAGAAUGUCGCGGUGAAUGCUUUGUGGAUGACAAGUGCUGCAAUGACCCAUUUGUACUGGAAAUUUAUCCAGUACCGGACGGAACCAGUCCAGUUGAACAUAGUCGAUUGCACUGUGCUCGACUAUGUUCAACUGGACCGGUUCCCCGGGACCGGAUAAGCUCCCAUUUGUAAGUGCCUGUUAUUCUCAACGCUGACAGGACGUGAAGAUGAAACCAGACAUUGAAAGCAUUGGGAUUGAAAGGUCACAGACAAGACGGAACCAGUCCAGUUGAACAUAGUCGAUUGCACUGUGCUCGACUAUGUUCAACUGGACCGGUUCCCCGGGACCGGAUAAGCCCCCAUUUGUAAGUGCCUGUUAUUCUCAAGGCUGACAGGACAUGAAGAUGAAACCAGACAUUGAAAGCAUUGGGAUUGAAAGGUCACAGACGAGACAACUUUGCAUGAUUUUAUCCAAUAAGUUGUUCAUACUCCAUUCAUUUAAGUGCGAUUUUGAUGAUUGGAAAUUGCUUGUGUAGAUACGUUCAUCAUCUGUCAAGAUUGAUUCCAUAACUCAAAAGUAUAAAUAUGCAUCCGAAUGCGCGACAUUUGCUAAGUUAUUUUA